AAAAGCAACAAAAGCCAUAAAGAAUUCCGAAAAACACAAAACAAGACUGUGAAAGACGGGCCCAAGGCGUGCCUCUGUCUCUCUCUCUCUCUCUAGUCUCUCAGUUAGGAUAGCGAUGAGAGAGAGAAAGAGAGGCAGUGACAUGCAAUUUCAAGCACACUUUUGACAUGCUCAUUGGUAAAGUUGAAACUCAACCAAUCACUCACUCACUCUUUCUUUUCUUUUUUAAGUAGUCAUGUGCUAAUUUAUCUCUUUUAGAAAACAAUAAAAUCUAAGAGUAUUUCUUUAAUCUCUUUUAAAACUUCCAUCAUUCCAACCUGUAAAAAAUCUUGCCCUUGUUCCCUCGAUGCUCGACACCGGAGUUCAUUCAAUCAUUUCAAACACAAGGAUGAGUCAUAGAACAAAGAAACACAAAGAAAUGUAAUAAAGGAGUGGAGAUGCUUCAUGGACUUCUCAGAAUACCCUGUUGUUGGUCAGUCUUUCUUGUUUUAGGGAUGUUCAGAAAUUCUCAGAAUUGGGUAUUAGGAAACACCCACUUCUAUUUUGUUGCUUGUUUGUAAUUUGUCAAGUGGUCUUUUUGAUGGGUUUGGUUAUUUUAUUUUAUUUUAUAGGAAUUAGAAGAUUUGUUGUGAGAUAUCUAUUAUAGUGUUUCUUGUUCCCCUAGUUAAUUCUUUGCAUGCAAGGAAUUUUUCUGUUACGAAGUCCAAAAUUUUCUCUUUGGAACCAUCCUUUUCAAUUUGGGUUGCUGACUAAUUUUAUCUUCACUUUGCCAAUUUGGGUUUUUAUGUUUUAACCUUUCCUUUUCUGCAUUUCUGUAAUUUUAGUGAAUUUAGUUGGGGGAGGCUUCUGGUUUCAACUAUCAGACUUCAAUCUUCUUGAUAUUUCUCUUUCUUCUUCCUUUUCUGGGAGAAGGAUUUGCUGGUGUAAUGAAAAUCUAGGGACUAGUUGUAAUCCUUUGGAUCCACAUUCCUGUUUCCUUCGUAAAUGCCAUAUCUUGACCCAAUUGGGUUUUGAAUUCUUGAUAAUAUGGCUGAGAUUAGACUCACAAGGUUAGAGAAGGGUCAAACCAAGAUAAAAAAUGUUCCAAUUGCUGUGACCCCGGAAGGGUUUUGGUGCUGCCCUUCACCCGUUGUGUUCCAGAAGAACCUCAAAACCCCAAGUCCUUUGAACAAGCCCAAAACAUCCCCUUCAAUACCCAAGUCCUCUUCUCAGAAGAAACAAACCCCGUCAACUGAGAAAAAGCCGGCAUCCACCCCAUCACGGCCGGGAGUUGUUUCCGAUGAACAAAGAAUUUCCGGGUCUGAUGAACCUGUUGAUGUUGCCCCAGUAAUUAUUGAGAGAACGCCUCGACCCAAAAGUGAAAAUUUGCCAAGGAAGGUGUCGAUUGAGUUCGGUGAACCUGGUAGCGGUGAUACGAAGGUGGUUUUGCUUGGAAAGCAGGGGUUUGCUGUGAGGUUGAGUGUUCACAGGAGUGUUCUUGUGGAAAAUAGCGCUUUUUUUGCAGAGAAAUUGUCCGAGGAGCUGCCUAGUUUGCCUUGUCUUGAAGUUGAUGACUGCGAGGAUGUAGAAAUAUACGUUGAGACUGUGGGACUUAUGUAUUGCAAAGAAUUGAAGCAGCGGUUGAUUAAGCAAAAUGUUUCAAGGGUUCUGCGUAUUCUCAAGGUUGCAGAACAGCUUGGAUUCAGCUCAUGCAUACAGUCAUGUUUGGAAUACUUGGAAGCAGCCCCUUGGGUCGGUGAUGAAGAAGAGGAUAAGGUUGUUUCUUCUGUCCUCCGCCUUCAGGGAGAAGGUAUUGGAGUCACCCCCGUACUAAAACGAGUCUCUUCCCAUUCUUCGAACCCCCCUAAAGACACAAUUUCACACAUAUUGGAAUUGGUACUGAAGAGCAACGAGGAGAGAGGCCGACGCGAGAUGAAAUCCGUAGUCCUCAAGCUCCUUAGGGAGAAUAACAUGGUUACGACCUCAUCAGGCUUGGCUGACAUUUGUAACCAAACAAUUUACACCUCAUGUAGAAACUGCAUGAAUUCCCUGUUAUCGUCAUUCAGACAGGCUGCGGAACUGGAAUUUACAGAAAAACCCAUGGAAACCAAAGACCUUAUAGCGAAGCAGAUGGGUUUAGAAGCUGAUAAUCUCUCAUGGCUGCUUGAGAUUCUAGCUGAGACACAAGCAGCAGAUGAGUUUGCUGUAAUGUGGACCAACCAACAAGAAUUGGCAUCACUUCAUGCGAAGAUUCCCAUUGUGUCUCGCCACAAAGUUAGCUGCAUCACGGCGAGGUUGUUUGUCGGAAUAGGAAAGGGGGAGUUGCUUCCAUGUAAGGAUACCCGUCAAUUGCUAUUGCAGACGUGGUUGCAGCCCCUGAUGGACGAUUACAACUGGUUGCAACAUGGGUGCAGGUCAUUUGAACGGAAGGUUGUGGAGGAAGGAAUUGGCCAGACGAUCCUCACGCUGCCUAUGGAUGACCAGCAGAGUAUCUUGCUUGAUUGGUUGGGCAGAUUUUUGAAGGCUGGUGACAAUUGCCCAAAUCUUCAGAGAGCGUUUGAGGUGUGGUGGCGGAGGACUUUUGUUAGGCCUUAUGUUGAUGGAGGGAAUUUACUCCAGUCGGAAAGUUCAACGACAUCAAGGGAGUAGGCCGUAGAAGGAGUGAAGCGUAUAGUGUAUUGAGGUAUGUGUUUAAGUACUUUGGAUUGCUGAAUGUGGAUUGACUGCUUGUUGGGGUAGAGAUUCUGACCGGAAUGUAAGAUCAAUAUCUUAGUUUCACUGAAGCUCAAUUUGGUUCUUUAUGUACCACUUUCAUAAUAUAAAAUAGAGAGAUUGCUUGCCUCCUAAAUGAAAUUAGGUAUUCGUGAAA